AUGUGGGGCCCGUUAAGUCGCAGCCUCGGCCGGGGCCUCCUGGCGGCCGCGAGCAGACGGCGCCGGGGCUACGCGCGGCUCCUGCUGGCGGGGCCCCGCGGUGGCGGGGGUGGAGGCCGGCGGGGCGCCGAGGUGGCCGCCAACAAGCCGCCUCGCGUAGGGCAGGGCCGUUCGGGCCGCGGGCUGUGCGUAGUGGCGCUGGCUGCGCUGUCCUGGUUCUUCAAGAGCGCCCCCACCGUGGUGGAGGAGGAGGAAGACGAGGAGGAGGCGGUGGAGAGGGAGGAGGAGGAGAGCCCUCCCUCGGAGGCCGAGCUCCAGGUCAUCCACCUGCUCAAGCGGGCCAAGUUAUGCAUCAUGAAGAAGGAACCCGAUGAUGCGGAGCGGCUGCUGCAUCAGGCCCUUCACCUGGCUCAGAAGGCAGACAUCAGAAAGGCUAUCAUCUAUACCUAUGACAUGAUGGCUAACUUAGCCUUCAUGAGGAAUCAGCUUGAAAAAGCAGAAAAGCUUUUUAAAGCAACAAUGAGCUAUCUCCUGGUUGGGGGCAUGAAGCAGGAGGACAAUGCAAUAGUUGAAAUAUCCCUAAAGCUGGCCAGUAUCUAUGCUUCUCUGAAAAGACAGGAAUUUGCUUUUGCUGGCUAUGAGUUCUGCAUUUCAACACUAGAGAAAAAAGUCACAAGAGAGAAGGCAUUAACCGAAGAAGCUAUGCCCGCUGAAGAGAAGGCCAAUACCCACCUGCUGCUGGGCAUGUGCUAUGACUCCUUUGCUCGAUACCUCCUUGAUAUCAGCCGGCUCUCCGAAGCACAAAAAAUGUAUGAAAAAGCCUUGCAGAUUUCCAGCGAGAUAAGAGGAGAAAGACACCCACAGACAGUGGUUCUAAUGAAUGACCUGGCCACUACCCUAGAUGCCCAAGGCCGCUUUGAUGAGGCCUAUACUUAUGUGAAGAAGGCAACGGAGCUGGCAAGGCAGAUUGAGCACCCUGAGCUCCACCGGGUGCUCAGUAACAUGGCAGGAAUCUUGAUGCACAAAGCAAGCUUUGUCGAAGCCAAACAUGUGUACGAGGAAGCCCUGAAAGAGGCUGAGCUAAAGGGAGACGUGGCUUUCAUUGAGCACAUCAAGAUGGAGCUGACUGAGCUGGCCAGCAGUCGGGGUGUUUGACUGUUUCACCCAGGGCUCCAACAGGCUCUCCCUGAGGAAACAAAGUCAGUCUGAUUCUGAAAUGAAAACCAAAAAGCGACACUCUUUGGGUCCAGGAUCUCAGGGAAUGGCAGACUGAAAUGAAGAGUCAUCUUUAAGAUUAGUAGCUUAAGAUUUACAAAGUCUAACAUCAUCAUGCAUUUAUCUACCUGUCUACUUCCAGAAGUCCUGGAGAAAUCCUCUGUGGCCCCCUCCCCACCAAGCCCCUAGUCCCUGCUUUAGCAGGUCCUCCGAGGCCAGCCUAGUUUUACACUUAAGAUAUUGUUCCAUUUUAAUCCAGAGCUCUCCAGGGUAGCCUGGCCAUCCAGGUUCUUUUCCCGUGGGGGGUGGACGCCACUACAAUUUCUAGGGUCGGUUCCGGUGAGACUCGUCUACACUGUGGUAAAACGAGGCGACAAGGCAAACAGAGAGCUAGCUGAUGCCCUUUUAUUGAUUGGUCUGAAUCCAGAAGUCACUGACUACUAAAGACAUUGUGUGCUGGGGGAGGGGAUAUGGGGAAGGGAAGAAAUUAAAUCUCAUCAUUACACAUGGGUUUUCAAGUCUUAAAUGUUUUCAAAUCUGAAUCAGUGAACAUACCAAGAUGAAAACAUUGUGAGAGCACGGAUCAUAAUUGAGCAUUGAAAAUGUUGUAAACUGCCUUUGUAAAAUUGAUUGGAACAAGAGAGAACCAACUACAGAAGGCUACUUGAAUUGGGACCAGUCUCAACAUGGGCCCUGGAUGCUGGAAUCGACGAGGGGGGCUGCUUCAAGGCUAAACGCCAAGAACAGGACUGGAGGAGGCCAGAAAGUCCGAGGGCAAAGUUCCCUUGGAGGUGAUGACAGAGGGAGGAAGGACCGAGACUUCUAUCAUUUUCUUACAGAAACCACCAGGGCUACCAGUGGCCAAAAUUCACACUCUGACUGAAGGCGUGCACAUUCUGUGGUUGCUCCAUAAGUAAAGCCAUUUAGAAUACCUUAUUAGAGAAGUAGAAACUGAAUGACCGUUGUGGGGAAGAGCAAUUAGACAUUCCCUGUUUGUUUGACACCAGAAGACAGAGAAAUGGGCAGAAGUUGCAAAUCUAAAUCUUUUCCUAACAAGUAGAGUUGCCUACAGGUGGGAUGGUGGGUUCCCCUGCCCUGGGGUUGAGUGACCUGUUUAGAGGAGCUUUCAAGGGAUUUGUGUUCAGGUCCGAGUUGGUAUUAAUGACUGGAGGACAUCAGGAACUCCUUGAGGCUCUAUCUAAUUGUACAAACACAAAAUGACCUGCUCUUAGAAAUUAAACAGAACAGUAUUUCAAAUUGUA